GGGUCCUCAGCCUCCUCAUGCGGCAUCGGAAUGGGAAGUUUCUGCUCUCGGUGCAAGGAGUGUGUUGCAUGAAGGAGCCGCUCUAAGCAAAUCUGCUGAGAAGUACUGCCCAUUUAUUCAACGGGACCUACUCCCAAGAAAAUUAUGGCAGAUUUAUGGAUGACCUAAGGAUCUAUGUGAAAGGAGGAUCUGGUGGAAUGGGCCAUCCUCGAUUAGGUGGAGAGGGAGGAUGUGGUGGUGAUGUGUGGCUGGUAGCCCAAGAAAAACUUACUUUGAAGAGAAUGAAAAGUCAGAAUCCUGAGAAACGGUUUCUGGCAGGACCAGGGGACAACAGCAAGAUUGUUGCUCUGAAAGGUGCAAAAGGGAAAGAUUGUGAAGUAAACGUGCCUUUCGGAAUAUCAGUCGUUACGGAUGGUGGGAAAUUGUUAGGUGAACUUAACAAACCAGGAGAGAGAUUAUUGGUGGCACGUGGGGGUGCUGGUGGCUCGCCGGUUACAAAUUUCUUGCCCUCCAGAGGUCAAGCAUACAGCAUUCAUCUUGAUUUGAAACUUAUAGCUGAUGUUGGCUUAGUUGGAUUUCCAAAUGCAGGAAAGUCGUCUUUGCUAAAAAGUAUUUCCCAUGCUACCCCUCAGAUUGCAGAUUAUGCCUUCACAACGAUAAAUCCUGAACUGGGGACAGUUAUGUAUUCUGAUCACAAGCAGAUCACAGUUGCUGAUCUUCCAGGAUUGAUUGAAGGUGCACAUGAAAAUAAAGGAAGAGGACACAAGUUCCUGAAGCAUGUGGAAAGAACAAAGCAGCUUCUCUUUGUUGUUGAUGUAUUUGGCUUUCAGCUUUCCUGUAAGACACCAUUCAGAACGGCCUUUGAAACUAUAAUACUACUAACAAAAGAAUUGGAAUUGUAUAAAGAAGAACUUCGAGACAAACCUGCCCUCCUUGCUGUCAAUAAAAUGGAUUUGCCAAAUGCACAAAGAAACUUUAAUGAGCUUAUGGAACAAUUACAGAACCCUCAAGAUCAUAUACAUUCAUUCCCCAAAGCGAUGAUUCCAGCAGACCUUGUAAGAUUCAAGGAAAUCAUUCCUAUAUCGGCACUUACUGGUGAAGGAACUGAAGAACUAAUUCUGUGCUUACGAAAAGUACUGGAUGAAGAGGCUGAGAAGAAUAUUGAACAGUAUCAGAGGGAACAACUUCAUGCAUUACAUCUAUCAGAAAUAUAGAUGUUCCUUACAAUCAGAAGCUGUUGUAUGGUAAUUAGGUGAUUCAUCUUUGCAGGCCUCUGAAUGAAUACUGAAUUUACAUAUUGCCUAGCCGUAAUUUGCUCUCUGAUGCUACUCUCAGGUAUACUGCUAUACUGCUACCCAGGCAUUCAAAAAACAAAAUUAAGUGAAUUAGCGUGUUCCGGUUUUUUGUGAAACACAAAAAUACACAAUAUGCUAAUUAGAUAACUUUGGGUUAGCAAGAGUUAAGCAGCUUCCCAAGGUACACAGCAGUCCUUGUCAGGCAAGUUACAGGAUACUUUUGAUAAGAUGUAAAUAACUACAUAAUUGUAUGUAAAUAUGCUGAAGAUCUCUUCCUGUUUAUUUAUGCAAACAUUUCAGAAGUAGUAUUUUUUGGCUGGAGAAUAUCAGUGAGAGUGAAGAAAUGUCCCCCUGGAAUAUUUGGGGUAGGAAUAAUGACAAAGUUAUUUAGCAGUAACUGUAGGAAGCACAGUGUAGAACAUAAAAGUGGCAAAACCCCUAUCCUGAAUACUGCAAAAUGAGCAGGACAAAAGUGAAGGGAUCAAACUAUAUAACAGUAAGGCUGUGGUUGUAAGAGAGGAUUUAUAUAAGGACUAGAAAAGUAUACACAUCU